AGGAACAGCUUCUUCGAGGACUAUGGCAUCUGGAGAGAGGCCCCGGUGCUUAUUGGCACCACCAAGUUUGAGCCCCUGCCUGAAGUCAAGAACAUCAUGGUGACGGGGGGCGCGGGCUUCAUAGCAUGCUGGCUCGUCCGGCACCUCACGCUCACCUACCCGCACGCGUACAACAUCAUCUCGUUUGACAAGCUGGACUACUGCGCUUCCCUCAACAACACGCGCGUGCUCAACGACCGGCGCAACUUCACUUUCUACCAGGGCGACGUGACCAACCCGUCCGAGGUGCUUGCCUGCCUGGAGCGGCACAGCAUCGACACCGUCUUCCACUUCGCGGCGCAGUCGCACGUCGACCUGAGCUUCGGCAAUUCGUACACGUUCACGCACACCAACGUGUACGGCACGCACGUGCUGCUCGAGAGCGCCAAGAAGGUCGGCACAGUCAACCGCUUCAUCCACGUGUCGACCGACGAGGUGUACGGCGAGGUGGCACGGGGCGACGACGACCGGCUGGAGUCGAGCAUCCUAGCCCCGACCAACCCCUACGCGGCCAGCAAGGCGGCGGCCGAGAUGCUGGUCCACUCGUACCAAAAGAGCUUCAAGCUGCCCGCCAUCAUCGUGCGCAGCAACAACGUCUAUGGCCCGCACCAGUACCCGGAGAAGAUCAUACCCAAAUUCACCUGCCUCCUCGCGCGCAACAAGCCCGUCGUGCUACACGGCGACGGCUCGAACCAGCGGCGAUACUUGUAUGCGGCCGACGCCGCCGACGCCUUCGACACGAUCCUGCACCGCGGCCAGCCGGGGCAGACCUACAACGUCGGCUCCGCCGACGAGAUCAGCAACCUCGCACUGUGCAGGAAGCUGCUCGCCGAGAUAGGCAUCGCCCCUGUCACCGUCCCAAAAAGAAACAACGCGGACGGCGCCAGCACCACCACAGAAGAAGAAGAAGAGUUGUUCGCCCGCUGGGUCAAGUACACGCACGAUAGGCCGUUCAACGACCAGCGUUAUGCGAUUGACUCGGGGAAACUGAAAAGGCUGGGCUGGGUGCAGAAGACCGGGUUUGAAGAGGGGUUGAGGGUCACGGUGGAAUGGUAUCGGCGGUUUGGAGAGAGGUGGUGGGGGGAUAUUGGGAAGGUGCUGAGCCCGUUUCCGGUGGUGACGGCGGCGGGGACCGUGGAGGGUGACGAGGAGUUUGUGUGGGAUCAUCCGCCGCCGCCGAGGGAGCGGGAUGGGAAAUGGAUGGGGAGGGAAGGGGGAAAUGGGGAAGUGAAUGGCAAAGGAUGCUAG